CUCUCUUUCUGCCGGGGGAGGAACAGGUUGAGUCACCUGAAGCAGGAAGUUGAGGAAUAAAAGUGUCAUUAAAACACGUCAUAAAACACAAGAUCGGUGCUUUCUAGCACACACAUACACACGUUAUACAUCACCGGACUGAUCACUGGGAGAAUAUGCCUUAUUCAGAAGCAAGAGCAACAUGUCAGAGCAGCAUAUGGACGACACAGCAGCUCUUACACUGAAAAACCUCAGAAAAUCACACAUCCAACAUACGACGGGAUGCAGUCGGGGUGUUACCAUCAACCCGCUGGUCUGGGCCAAGGCGGACCUGACCUCCAUGACCUGCAGAUGAAGGUCGACUUCUUUCGUAAGCUGGGUUACUCUCCACAAGAAGUGAAGGCCGCCCUGAGGAAGCUCGGCCUGGGGACGGACACCAAUGCGGUGCUGGGGGAGCUGGUGCGUUCAGGGGCGAAGGCAGUGCCCUCUUCUAGCUCAGACAGUGAUGAUGGUGGGCCCCAUCGUGGAGGAAGCUCAUCUAGGGGACAGGACUCAACGCUGGAGGACACCACUGAACCCGAAAGUGACCUGAAAUCUAUUGUUAUUGAUGGCAGCAACGUGGCAAUGAGUCAUGGGAACAAGGAAGUGUUUUCCUGCCGUGGGAUAAAGCUGGCAGUUAAUUACUUCCUUGACCGAGGACACAGAAAAAUCACUGUGUUUGUGCCUUCCUGGAGAAAAGAGCAGUCCAGGCCUGGUGUACCUAUUUCAGAUCAGCAUAUUUUGGAAGAGCUGGAAAGGAAGAAGAUUCUUGUAUUUACACCUUCACGAAGGGUCGGAGGAAAGCGUGUGGUCUGCUACGACGAUCGCUUUAUUGUCAAAUUAGCUUACGAUGAGGAUGGCAUUAUAGUGUCGAACGACACAUAUCGUGACCUGCAAAGCGAACGUCCAGAUUGGAAACGUUGCAUUGAGGAGAGAUUGCUUAUGUACUCCUUUGUUAAUGACAAGUUCAUGCCACCUGAUGACCCUCUCGGCCGUCAUGGACCCAAUUUAGAUAAUUUUCUUCGGAAAAAGGUGAUGUUGCUUGACCACAAGCGCCAACUCUGUCCAUAUGGAAAGAAAUGCACAUAUGGGAUCAAGUGUAAAUUCUACCACCCAGAGCGCACAAACCAGUCACAGCGUUCUCUAGCUGAUGAGCUUCGAGAGAAUGCUAGACUGUCUGGUUCAAAAGAGGACAGCAGAGUAACUGGGCCACUAAGAGGCGUGUACCCAAGAAAUGACCCUGAUUUUGGGUCCUGCUCACCCUCCUUGGAGCAAGAACUGGAACAAAAGCUCAACUUGGAUCCUAAGAGCUCUGCUGGCAGGAAUGUUAUGCUCCAGUACUGGGAUGAUAUUUUGUCAACGAAAAAGCCCUUAUAUAAAGCCACAGUGGAACAACACAGUGCUUCGGCAGAUAGAACCAGUCUGCUAGCACCUUACACAACAAACCCUUCGUCCAUUUUCAGUUCUGACUCAGGGCUUGGAUCCUACCAAAGCCAGUUUUCAGAUCCAUCCCAGAGCAUUGAGUUGCAUAGGAUGAGAUCCAAUCAUUCACCGAUGUCUGGUAACCCUGGUGUACCUGCAGGUGGCAAGUGCUACUAUGACAACAUGAGUCCUUACUCCAACCAUCAGCCCAACUUUGGUGCCUGCAGUUCCCUGCCUAACCCUGUCCAGCGUUACAGUCUUCCUGCUUACAGUUCCUGGUCUUACGCUUUCUUUUUACCACAGGCAACAAGUUUACCUGAACCUUUACCCUGUCCUAGCUCGCACAUGUCUCCCGAUGUCUAUGGAAGCCAGAAGCACUCAUGCAUGCCACAGUCCAAUGCUUUCCAGGAAGAAAGAGAGGAGGUCAGGAAGAGGCUUCAAGCGAUUUUUAACCCACAUCAUGUAAACAAAGUUAUGGAAAUGUUCCCAGAGCUGAAAGAUGCACAGCAGUUGGCGGCAGAGGUUCUAAAACUCAAGUCCAGGGGAGAGUUGAAUUCAUACAUUCAUUGAAUCUAUGGGAUCAUAAAAAAGACAGCAUGCCAAGUUUCUCAAAACAAAGAGUCUUUACGCUCUCAGAAAAAAAAAAUGUGGAAAAUUUGUACCUUUAGAGGUACUUUGGUACCCUUAAAAAGUUUGUAGUAGUACUUAGUAGUAAAGGUACCUAUUAGUAGUGGAAAAUGUACCUAUUACAACUCUAAGGUACUAGUAUAUACCUUUAAGGGGGAGAUAAGAUACAAACUUGUCAAUCUAGUGGUACAACAGCUUGUCAUUGGUGCAUUCCUUUGUACCUUUUUACCUUUAAAAUUGCAUAGUAGUACUUUAAAGGUACCCAUUACUACUCUAAGGUAUUAAUGUGCACUUUUUAGGGGUAGAUAAGGUACAAACAUAUAUGGGUACAACAGCUUGUCACUGGGGUGAUCCCUGAGCUUUGUACCUUUUUACCUCUAAAUUAUCAUAGUAGUACUUAAAAGGUACCCAUUAAAACUCUAGUAAUGUGCACCUUUAAGGAGAAGAUAAUGUACGAACUUGGCCCUUUAGAGGUACAACAGCUUGUCACUGGGACAUUCCCUCAACUUCGUAAUUUUUUUUUUUUUCAAACCUAAAUAUUUAUAGUAGUACUUUUAAAGGUACCUAUUACCACUACUAUUACUUACUACUACUUUAAAGGUACCUAUUACUAACAUGCACCUUCGAAGGGUAGAUACAAACUUGUACAUUUAAGGGUAUCAAUUAUUAUUGACAACGUGUUGUACCACUAAAGGUACAAUUUUUGUAAUUGUACUUUUGUUUCUGUAGCUUUGGUAGCUCUUUUCUGUUUUGUGCUCUUUGAAGUCUCCGAACCUUAAUGAAUUAUCACAUAGUAUGUGUGGUAACUCUGUAUGACUACGAAGUCAAAUGUGUGUCUAGAUGUUUUUUAAGAGGUUGAUGCACAUUGCAUAAAUUGUUGCUCCUAACGUGUAGCAAACUGUACAGUACCUUGGCUCGAAGGCUACAGAUUUGGUUUUGGAGAGAACCUGAAAUGUAAUUUGAGCAGUCUAAAUAUAGAUGUAUGUUAUUGCACUCAUUAAGGAACGGCCCUGUUUUCAAUGUUCAGAGUAAUUUUGUAGUUAGCAAGUCUGCUGCUAAUUGUUCAUUCAAAUCAGCUCCACCACAGAAUCACUUAAAAUAGUAGUAGGUGUGAUUCCUCCUGCACUCUUUUCAUUGUAUUUCUUUGUUUCAGUUAUUAGGGGUGGGAAUCCCCUGACAGAUUUUUAUUACAAUACUUAUGUCAAGCACUGUGAUUUGACCAUGUGACUCAUUGCAUUUUUUGAAACUUACCACAGUGCUGGAUAUCAUAUUUCAUUGUGCUUUAAUGUUACGUUUCAUAUCAGUUUGGUUCUACUACGAUUUGAUGAUUUGAAUGUACAAAGGACAUUCUUUCCUUCUAUGCAAAAUUGACUUUGAGCAUCUCAUUGUUCAUUAUUCUUUGCACUAAUUAGUCAUGAUUUUACAUGUAUGCAUGUCAAAAUAUGUCAAAGGCUGGACAUAAUGAUAUAUAUUAUACAAUGAAUAAUUAUAAAAAAAAUAUUGAGUCUUUAGCUGUGUCAAUUCAACAUGAUGAAAGUUAUUAUAAUAUGUUAUGCUGGUGUUUUAUCCACGGUUUUCAAAUGAGCAUAUAGGUAUUUGUGUAAUCAUAACACAUUUAUGUCUUCAAACAUCUAUAUGAAUGUGAACAAAUUCAGAGAUACUAUCAAAUGAGUACCAAUUUCAUGUUUUCUCUUCAGAGGAGACAGUCAUAGCAGAUUUUUAAUUAUAGCAUCUGUUUGCAAAGAUGUUCCAUAGACAUUAUCUUUUGCGCUCUUGUUCUUGUUCUGUUUCAUAAAAUUUCAUAAAAGUCAGCGAUAACACUCAAAGCUUUUAUAUAUAAUGCAUUGAUGGUAUUCAUAAUGUAAGUUGUAAUGCAUUAUAUUUUUCAGAAUUAAUUGUAACUAAGUUUAAAACGCAUUAUAUAGUUCGUCAUGUGUUUUAAUGCAUUAUACUUUCUAAAGGUGUAACAAUGAAUCGUUAAGUAUCAUAAUGUAUUAUAACUAUGGUUACAAUUAUUCAUUUGAUCAUAAGGUGCAUUAUAAGGCAUAAUUAAAACUACUUUUAAUACAUUAUAUGUAAAGACUUUAAGUAAAGUGUUUCUAAAAACUGCUUUAACAUAAGUUGUUGUGUGUAGUUCAUGGUGUCCAAGUAGCAACUUACAACAUGUUUAUAUCCUGCCAGUGCAUUAUAAUCAUUAAUGUGAACAGGAAAUAAGUUCUCAGUCUUGUAUUGGCAAGAAACAUUGAAAAUGACAAUAAUAGGAGAACCACAGUAAGUAUAGUAACAACAAAAAUAAAAAAUCUCUAAAACAUUUUUGAAGCUGUGAAAAGAAAUAAAGAAAAACAUUGUCAUAAAUAGUAUGUUAAUAUACAUACAAAGACAUUUCCCAUGCAACCAGUGGUACCAUAAUUAGUAAAUGACAAACACAAUCUUCAGUAACUUUUUUAAUAAACAUCAGUAUAAGGGAAUAUGCACAUUUUUAUGUUUUCACUUUAUUGGUUUCACUAUAUCUUGUAUAGUUUGAAUAAUCCUGCAGCUAAAUUUUGCAAUCCUGCAAUCCAAGUUUUAAAAUAUACAAAUACUGCAUGUAUCAUAGUUAUUAAAAAAGGGAAGAAAAAAGAAACAGCACAAUGUUCUUAACAGUUUUAGAUGAAGAUUGACCACAUACCAAGGAAUACCACAUACAUGAGUGUUUUAUGUUAACUAAAUAUUAACAAGCUGGGAAACCUGCUGUUGUCACAAAAUAAAAUGUUUCU